GCUCCACUGAGGACUCCACCUCUUCUCUCCUCUGGGGUGUUGACCGCUUGGAGGAUGCACAUAAAGAGAGAGAGACAGAGAGAGCAGCAGUUUGUCUCACACAGAGACACCAACAGAUGAAUCUGCCCAGCUGCUACCGCCUCCUUCCUCCUCAUCCUCCAUCAGAGCUGCAGAAGGUCUCUGUCAGCUGAUUGACCUCCUUUAAGAUGCUCCACCUCCUGUUCGUCCUGUCUGUUCUGAUUGGAGUGUCAGGAGCUUGGCAGAUAAUCACUGGUUCUUCAGUGCUGGACAUCAGCUCGUGUCCCAUCACUUAUUAUGGACAGAAGUACGAGCAAAUCUAUGUCACCUUCAUGAGUGAAAACAUUGCGUUCUGCUUUGACAACUUUUUCAACCCUGAAACUGGAGGUGACUGUCUUGUGGGGACUGCACCUGACUUGGACAGCGUUGAGUUUUGGAUAAAUGAACCCAAUGCUGGAAUCCAAAAGCUGAUUUAUGACAAUGUAGCAACAAUUCAGAACAGGAUGGAAUGCUACGUGUUGUUUAUCAUGGAGCUCAAUGGGAAAGACUAUGAUUUGGUUCCAGUUAAUUUCGGGACACAAACGGCUCUGAUUGUGGAAAUAUUGGCAUUUGGUUCAGUGGUGUUUGAGGCUCUGGUUGGUGGUGUCACAACUGAUAUAAUGGCUGUUUCAUUCGGUCCCUACAAUCGUCAAUAUCAAAGAUUCUUUGACAUCAGUGGAUGCAGACAUGCUGGUGCUGUGUAUGAAUAUGGUGCAGUGCUGAGCUCAGAUCCAAAAACCUGCUUUAGUCUCACCUGUUCUGACACUGCAGCUCUGCAGAUUUCUAGCUGUGGCCCUCUGGAGCGUUGUGAAGGCAACGGCAUCUGCAUGUUGAACUCCACCUGCACUGUGACUGGCCCCACUGUCAUUGACUUCCAUGGCCAGGUUAACUCUGUUGAGAAUCGGUGUUCAUAUUCUCUGGUCUUGACUCCAUCAGUCCCAAACUUCCAUGUUUUGGGGAAUUUCCUGGAACGCCGACUUAAAGACAUGAGCUUUUUGGACAGUGUGACACUGGUUCUGGACAGGCCCAGCAUUAAAUUUCAUCUGGAACAAGGUGGGAGAGUUCGGCUGGACAACACAAUCCUGACGCUCAACAGUUCGCCUCAGCUGGUUCACAAUGUGGAGCUCUCUAAAGACCGAACUGGAGUCACUGCCAAGUUGUUGCUCUCGUACUCCACCAUCUCUGUCUUCUUUGACGGCUACACUGCACAGAUCCACUUAGAAGGACCUGCUGAUUUACCUCUAGAGGGUCUGUGUGGAAACUCCAGCAGGUCUCUGAGUGACCUGAGGCUCUCUGAGUACAGCUCUACCAGUUGUGAGGUGAAAUACAAUGACCCUGCUGACAGCACAAUCAACUGCAACAAGAUGAUUGAACGCUGUAAUCUCCUGAAAGAGGCGCCCUUCUCCUCCUGUAACAGUGACAUUGACCCAGAGCCCUACAUAACCGCCUGCACCGACACUUUGUGUAAAUAUCCUGCGGUGGACGGACUCAACUGUCAGUUCCUGAAGGCCUACGCCAGAGCCUGCAGUCUACUCAACCACACUCUGGAUGGCUGGACCUCAAAGACCAGCUGCUCCUCUGCAGCCUUCUGUCAGGACAGGAUCUGCAGCGAUCACGAGUUCUGCGGUCAGAAGACAGUCGGUGGUGACACUCGCUGCUUCUGUCGGGCCAUUUUUGCCUCCAAAUACAGAUCAACCGACACUUUGGGUGAUCAAACAGUCUGCAGCCAGAACUCUGCUUUGCUCUCUCUGGUCGGUUGUCUCUUGGAGGACAAAGGCAUCGACUACUCUGCCUUACACCUCAACGACCCGACCUGCAGGGGUCAGAUGGACAAGCUCACCCACAUGGUGACCUUCAGCUUCAACAGCAGCAACAGCUGUGGGAUGGUGGUCACGACUAACAACAGCCAUAUUAUCUACACGAACACCAUAACGAACCAGAACAGCUCCUCUGAUGUCAUCACUCGCCGAGACCAAGUCUACAUCGACUUCUCCUGUGUCCACAUUCAGCCAGCUAUCCAGACUGCUAACUUUAGGAUCAGAGACAGUUCUGUGAUCCAGCAUGCUACACCCAGUGUUUGGAAUUACACUUUGACCAUGAAGGCCUACACUGAUGUAGGCCGCACACAAGCUGUGGAGUCUUUCGCUGAAGUUCCUCUGAACCAGAGAAUCUGGGUGGAGCUGAAGGCUAAUGGGUUGGAUGAAGAAAUGGUUGCCAUGGUAACAGACUCUUGCUGGGCCACCGACCUGGCGUCGUCCACUGGGAGUCUAAGAUAUGACCUGAUUAUCAAUGGUUGUGCUAACCCCGCUGACCAGACUGUGGAGGUGAAGGAAAACGGGUGGGGAACCUCCAACUAUUUCUUCUUCAAUAUGUUUCAGUUCACUGGGAGCUCAGGUGAAAUCUACCUGCACUGCAAAAUCCACCUGUGCCCUAAACGGAGAAACAAAUGCAUCCCGACUUGUAAAGGAGCUGCUCGCAGAUGCAGACCAGCCAGCUCCAAAUACAAACGAGCAGCACCAGCCUUCAUCAGCUUGGCCUGGACUAAUUAGAUAAUGAGCCACUCAAUGAGUCAAACGUCCUGGAUGGUCCUCUGUAGCCUGACAGUCCAGGAUCAGGGUGAAGAUUGACCUCCAAAGACAUUUCAACAGACGAGAGAAAGAAGUACGAGGUGAUUGACUGGAAAGAAGCCAAAGGCAUGUAAAAGAGCAGGAGGGUCACAGUGUGGUCUGGUUUUCUUCUUAAGUGGUUUCCAAGGUGACACUGGCUGACGGAUAAGGCUGCCAAUCCCUGACUUCGGUCUCGUCCUGACCCAGAGCCUGGAUGUUUAUAAGGAUGAACUCAUAACUGGCUACUCUGAGGCUGGGAUUACUGCCACAGCUGGAUUAAGCAGCUGUUAUACUGGAAGUAUUGUGAGGAAAGACAACGAUUCUGCAGCCCAUAUUUUUAUUUAACAGUAACAUCCAUCAUGUGAAUGUAUGAUUUAUGCCAGACGCCCUUUCUGAUGCAUCCAAGAAGGAAAACAAGUGUGUGGCAACAUGAAUAUUUCUAUGAAACAUCUGGACUUCACAGACAUGUCAUCACUACAUCUCCCAGUAUGACUGGGAGCACUUUACAACCUCCCAGGAAGGUUGGAGGCCUGUAAGCUUUUUAUGUUCGAUUAGAUUUAAGGGUAAUAGCCUCAAAUCUAAUCAUGUGACCUCGUUCAUAUGAACAAAUACCUGAGGACAGUGGCCUUGAAUCAAAGAGGAAUUUUUACUUCUCGGGUCAUUUGAGUUGAAGAUAUUUAAGAUGCUAACAUAUCAAACUACCAGACAAGAAUAAAAUAAAUAGGGUAAUAUUGAAAAUAAGCAGGUCAUCAGAUACCGUCUGCUGGCCGGAGGUGCUUUAAAGGUGAAUCAAUGUGAAAAUCACUCCUGUAAAAAGCUGGUGUGCAGGGUGAAACAUUAAAAGGGGGCAGACUGCUUUUUCCUCUGUUUUGUAGCUGAAUUUUUGGAUUGUUUUCUGAUUUCUGCCUGUUUGGAUGACCCGUCACUCCCUUUCACCCACAUGCUUACCACAUUACUGAUGUGAGGAAAGACUGAGUCACUUUUUUUUUAAAAAAAGUUUAAUUUAAAUAAACACAUUUUGGCUAUUUAAACUGAAUUAUUUGUGUGAUCUCCCUACUUUGCCCGAUCUUGGAUGUUAAGGGUGAUUUACAAAAAACUC